AUGUUUUCCCCAGAUUCCACCCUGGGAAUACUCGGUAAACGGAAGCUUCUGGCAGGUGAGUUUUUCGAGGUGAUAAAUAGAAAGAAAAGGGGUCACACAACCAAGUUCACAGGUUACAAGCCAUCUGGUCCAAAUGGCAGGUGUACUACUACAGAGAAUAAUCAACCUCAAACUAGACUUGAGGAUGAAACGAUUGUUUCUGUGGAAGUGAGGGGAGUGUCACCACAUUCACAACCUAAAAGCCAGCUGAUUCAAACAGCAGAUGUACUAGUUGAGGAGACUACUCAACAAGAAAUUGCAUUAGAAGACCAAACAAUGAUUUCUGUGGAGGAUGAGCAAAUACGACCGUGUUCACAAGUUGAGGGCCAGCUGGUUCAAAUAGCAGGUGUGAAAAUGCAGGAGACCGUCAAUUUGGAACUCAUGCAGGAGACUCCCCGCCUCCAACAAUCAUUGUUUCAUCCGCUAAUGCAGUUUCUUGUUGAGUAG